CAAGGUGGGAAGGAGAGACUGUCUGUGAUGUGAACUGUGUUCUUUACCAGCCCUUGGGGACGAGUAGGGCAUAGACAACCUAGCAGCAGCAACCACACAGGGAGCAGGAGAGUCUCCACAAUGAAUGGCAUAAGGACUCCUCAGCAGCCCUGUGAGGAGGAUCCAAGAGAGGCUGCAAAGAACAGAAGAUGUCUCCGGGGGAAGAGCCUGCUCCUGUGUGCUCUCAUGCUCAGCACUGUCCUUGGGUUUGCAUUGCUUCUUGCCUACACCAUCCUACACCAGGGCCUGGAACCUUGUAAUACCAAGGAGUGUCUCACGCUACUGGCCAGAAUCCUGGAGGUGAGAAAUGCCACCAUAGACCCCUGUGAGGAUUUUUAUGGCUAUGCCUGUGGCAACUGGGAAGCCAACCACUUGCGCACAGGGACUAUGGAGUCAUCAAAUGUGUUUGAUGUCCUGCUGGAAGAAAACCAGCUGAUCCUGAAGAGGCUCUUAGAGGUUCCACAGCUCAGGGUUGGAAGCUCAGCCAAAGAAAAAGCCAUCCAGUUCUACCACUCCUGCAUGGAUACCCAACAGAUAGAAGCAGAAGGGGCUCAACCCUUGAAGGAGCUUAUAAAUCAGAUUGGUGGCUGGAACUUCACAGGCCCUGAGAAACAGACCGAUUUUAACCAGACCCUGCAAAUACUCAUGGGCAAAUACAACACUUUCCCCUUCUUCAGAGCAUAUGUGGGACCCAACUCUUCUGACCCCAGCACCAAUAUCAUCCAGAUUGACCAUCCUGAAUUUGAGAUGCCACCAGAGAGUGACUACAAUGAAAAAGCAAAUUAUCCCGAGGUGGUCCGUGUGUAUUUCUCAUACCUGAUGAAGCUGGGGACACUGUUGGGAGGGCCACAGAAUGUUACCUCCACCUUCAUCGCCUUUGCCUUGUCCUUCAUCUCCAACCUCCAGAAGGAGGUCACCCCACUGCAGGAACGGCAGGAGAAAGGGAUGCUGUUCUAUCACACCACUAUCAGGGAGCUGCAGGAAAAGGCACCCGCGAUCGAUUGGCUGUCAUGCCUCCAGGCAGCCUUCCAUCCUGUGCAGCUGAACAUCUCCCAGCCAAUUGCGGUGCAUGACAUGGAUUAUUUGAAAGGCAUGUCGCGGAUGAUUGGAAAAUGGCAGAAAGGGAGGGUCCUACAGAUCUAUAUGAUCCUCUGCCUGGUUGGAAACCUCUCCCCAGCCCUCGACAGCCGGUUCCAAGAUGCACGCAGGGAGCUAUAUGAAAAGCUGCAUGGAAAGACAGGGGAAUCUGGGUUGGUACUGGCCCAUCGCUGGAGGAAAUGCCUGAGUGACACCAGCACCUUCUUUGAGCCUGUCCUUGGGGAGAUGAUUGUGCAAGAGAUUUUCCCUCAAGAGACAAAGGAACUCGCUGAGAAGAUGUUCUCUGUGGUCCGAGAUGCCCUCAACAGUCGGCUGGAUCAGGUGGAGUGGAUGGAUGAGCAGACCCGACAAGAGGCCAAGGACAAGGUUUCUAAGCUGCAGGUGGAAAUUGGCUAUCCAGACAGCACCCUCCAAACUCCUGAAAUGGACCGGGAAUUCCAGGAUCUGGAGAUACAUGACAAUACCUUUUUGCUCAAUGUGGUGGCCUGCCUGAAGGCUUUGAGGGAAAAUUUCUCCCUGAGGCUCCUUCAUCCCCACCUGCAGGAUAAUUGGGAGGUCUUCCCUUGGUCUGUCCAUUCCUACUACUCACUGAGGCGCCACGCCGUGGUCUUCCCGGCAGGAAUGUUCCGCAGCCCCUUCUUCCACGCUGAGUUCCCCAGCGCUGUGAACUUUGGAGCCAUGGGAGUCAUCAUGGCACAUGAGCUGCUUCACGCAUUCUAUGAUUACGUGGUGCCUGAGAGCUGUCCUAGAUGCAACAGGGAUGCAUUAGUGCGGGGUACAGGCUGCCUGGUGGAACAGUAUGAACGCUACUCUCUGCAGGGCCUGAGAAUCAAUGGCACUUUCACCCUGCUGGAGAAUGCAGCUGACACAGGAGGACUCGCCAUCGCUUACCAGGCCUAUAAGAACUGGCUGAAAAAGCACAAACAGGAGAGGAAUUUACCCGGGAGUGGACUCUCACAUCAUCAGCUCUUCUACAUCAGCUUUGCCAAUGGGAUGUGUGGGCACCAGAGCCGUGAGAGACUGCGAGCCUUCCUGCACAGGGACCCACACAGCCCCCCACCACUCCGCGUCCGCGGGCCCCUCAGCAACAGCCAGGACUUUGCCAGGCAUUUCCACUGCUCCAGCACAGCACCAAUGAAUCCAGCCUUCAAGUGCCACAUCUGGUAAUCCACAUGGAGAAGGAGGGGGGGAGAGAGAGAAAGGCAGAGGUAUAGAGACUGAAGCUGUAGAAUUCAUCCCUGCUGAAGAAUGGCCUUCCCUCACACAGAGACAUUCUGGAGCCUAACCCAUUCCUCCCCAUCCCUUCUUCUCAUCCUUUUCCCCCACCAACAGGUCAUGGUGGCAGAAGAUUCCAGUCCGGGUAGCAGGAGGGAAGAGAGGCUAAACAUAGCAGCCAGUACAGUGUGUGCUACUUCCCAAAUGGUCCCCAUGCCCUGCCCCAAUUAGGCUAAACUUGCCUUUCAGAGUGUGGGGGUACAGGAUUGCAAGGUCAGUAGACAAGCUGCAAUCAUUAAUAAUUCUUGGGGGAACCUCACAAGUUCCCAUGCACACCUCCCGCCCUGGACCACCAGGGAUAGAAGAACCUGGAUCUCUCACUCUGAAAUCACACGAGGGGAAGAGACUCACUGGUUACUGCUUCCAGAUGGGAAGAUGAGACAUUUAAUUAAUGUACAUUGCUAAAAACCCCACCUAGAUAUGUUAUGGCAAACCUGUCUUAGUGCCCCCAAUAUGAGUGGGAUGGUCCUGGGAUUCUAUGUUAUUUUCUGCUAUUUAGCCUAGUGUCCUGGAUCUGACCUGUCUAGCUCUUUGGGAUUGUUUUUUCCCCCGGUUAUUCUUAUCUCUGACCACUAGGGGCCUGGCCCAGUGCCAGCUUGAAUGGAAAGCUCAGUCCCAUUAACUUCAUUGGACUUUGGAUCAAACCCUAGAUAUCGUUCCUCUGAUGCAGUGGUUGCCUCUCUUUUCUAAUUGCUCCCCCUGCUGACUUCUGCCGAGAAGGACAUAGCAGCAGCAGCUAUUCUCAAGCUUUUUCGCACUCAGAAGAAGGGGAAGAGCCUGCACUGGCUGAGAGAUAAGAAAGGCUGGAACGGUGGAACCCCUUCUGUGGAGAAGAGGAAGGGGGGAAGUAAUGCAUGGACAGGACAGGGAGUGGAAUCUCAGGAGUCAGUGACAUAGAGUCAGUGACAUAGCUAUAAUGUUGCAAGUAGUGAAAUUCCACCAGAACCACUGAGUUAUGAGGGACUUCCAGAUGGAAUGGCACUCCGGCAUAUCACUUGGUUCACAGGGUGGCAAUGCUGCUCACACAAAUGUGGCCCUCACCCCUCUGGGGCCCAGGCCAGAUUUAAGCGGCAUUGUGAUAAGGUGACACCACUCAUCACUCAGAUUUGGUCUCCCGCGUGAUGUGGGGUGGACAAUGGGGUGAGAAGAACUGAGGGGCAGCUGCCAGCCAAGAUUAGGAGUUGCCUCCCUAGCCUGGAAUGGGAGCAGAGUGCUCAGCUGGGCGCUGGUGAAUGGCCUGGAAAGUCCUGGAGGCCGGUGGAUGAGGGGUUGGGGG